AAAUGUUACAUGAAGGCGAGUGGAGUUUGAUCCCUUUGAUCCGAGAGGGAUCAGCUCUGCGCUACAAGAAACUUCUUGGUUCAUUCAUUGGAGAACCUACUGUCUUAUUUAAAAUGACCGUUUACUAAGUUAAAGACCUCUGUCUGUUUCUGACCCGUUAUUUAGUGACACACACCUGAGAAACUCCUCAUGGCUUCCACCGAGCAUCCCCGUGUUUCCCCUUCCCCCACCGCUGAGACCACAUCGCCCCAAACCACCCUGGCCAUCACAGAUAUAGUGGUGCUUGUCAUCUACUUCAUCUUGGUUCUGGCAGUGGGCUUGUGGUCCAUGUGGAAGACCAAGAGGAGCACAGUGGAUGGAUACUUCCUUGCUGGCAAAAACAUGACUUGGUGGCCGGUGGGCGCCUCUCUGUUUGCCAGUAAUGUGGGCAGUGGUCACUUCAUUGGUCUCGCCGGCUCUGGGGCGGCAGCGGGUAUCGCUGCCACUGCUUAUGAAUGGAACGGCAUGCUGAUGGUGCUGCUCUUGGGCUGGCUGUUUUUACCCAUCUAUAUUGCAUCAAGCGUCACAACAAUGCCCGAGUAUUUACAGAAAAGAUUUGGUGGGAAAAGAAUACAAUUAUUUCUUUGUGUUUUAUAUCUAUUUAUCUACAUCUUCACCAAAAUAUCAGUGGACAUGUAUGCAGGAGCUGUUUUCAUCCAGCAGGCUCUGCACUGGAACAUCUACCUCGCUGUGAUUUUGCUUCUCGGCAUUACCGCUCUGUACACCAUCGCAGGUGGUCUGGCAGCAGUGAUCUACACCGAUGCGGUUCAGACUGUCAUCAUGGUGGUCGGAGCCCUGAUCCUCAUGGGCUUCAGUUUUGCAGAGGUUGGAGGAUUUCAAGCUGUCCUGGACAAGUAUCCUCAGGCCAUUCCCUCCAUCAGAGUGCCCAACACCACCUGCGGAAUCCCACGUGAGGAUGCCUUUCACAUAUUCCGUCACCCUGUGACCUCUGACCUGCCCUGGCCGGGAGUGAUCCUGGGCAUGUCCAUACCCUCCAUGUGGUACUGGUGUUCUGAUCAGGUGAUAGUGCAGCGUUCCCUUGCUUCCAAGAACAUUGUGCAUGCUAAAGGAGGAUCUUUGCUCGCUGCUUACCUCAAAGUUCUGCCCUUCUUCAUGAUGGUGAUUCCAGGCAUGAUCAGCAGGAUACUUUACCCAGAUGAGGUGGGCUGUGGAGAUCCAGAUGUGUGUAAAGAAGUUUGUGAAAAUCCGGUGGGCUGCUCGGACAUUGCUUACGCCAAACUGGUCAUGGAGCUCCUUCCUGCAGGUCUGAGGGGUUUAAUGAUGGCUGUAAUGUUGGCUGCUCUCAUGUCUUCUCUGACCUCCAUUUUCAACAGUUCCAGCACUAUUUUCACCAUGGACCUUUGGAGAAACAUCCGGCGCACUGCCACCGAGUGGGAGCUCAUGAUUGUGGGAAGAGUGUUUGUGUUGGUGUUAGUGGUGGUGUCAGUGCUGUGGAUUCCUGUGGUUCAGGCCAGUCAGGGUGGGCAGCUCUUCAUCUACAUCCAGUCCAUCAGUAUGUACCUGCAGCCCCCCAUAACAGUCAUCUUCUUUACGGGAAUCUUCUGGAAACGGACCAAUGAGAAGGGUGCAUUCUGGGGUCUAAUAGUGGGCAUGGUGGUGGGCUGUACAAGGAUGAUUUUGGAUUUCGUCUACCCCACACCGCAGUGCUACGAGAGCGACACCAGGCCCGAAAUCAUCAAAUAUGUUCACUACCUGUACUUCUCCAUCAUUCUCACUGUCCUCACACUCAUUGUGGUUGUGUGUGUUAGUCUGGCUACAGAGAAGCCCACACCAGAGCAGAUCAGCCGUUUGACGUGGUACACACGCUUUGAUCCUGUGAAAGAACGUGAAGAGGUCAUAGCUUCAGAUCUCCAGACGAUCGAGAAUGCCACACAGUUCCCAAAAGACAUGGAAAAUGAUGCUUGUCCUACAAAAGAAGACACCAGUAGUUCUGCGUCCAGCGAGGCGGGUUCAUCUAAACUCAAAUCUGCUCUGUUCUGGAUCUGUGGAAUGGAGAAGCAGAAAGGAGAGAAGCCCAAGUCUCCUCCUCCAGAGGCUCCAACAUGUUCCCUCAAGGAAGAUCCCUGUAUGAGACAUGUGGUAAACGCCAACCUCAUCAUCUGUAUUUCAGUGGCCGUGUUUCUCUUCGCUUACUGGGCAUAGUCACUUGUCCAUUAUCAUGUAUUGUUUAUUGUGACUGGUGUGAAAGAAAAUCUUUAUAGAGUAUGUACUUAAAGGGAUAGUUCACCCAAAAAUAAAAAUUCUAUCAUUAAUUACUCACCCUCAUGUCGUUCCAAACCCGUAAGACCUUCGUUCAUCUUCAGAACACAAAUGAAGUCAGAGAGGUUUCUGACUCUGUAUAGACAGAAACGCAACUGACACGUUCAAGACCCAGAAAGGUAGUAAGAACAUUGUUAAAAUAGUCCAUGUGUUUUCAUUUUAGAGUGAACUGUCUCUUUAAGAAUAAACCAAUAUUCUUAUUUAUACAUCAUAAAUCAGUUUUUACUUUUUUUGCAACCAACACUUCACCAGUUUGUCCUUGAUGUUUCUGUGAAUUAAACAGUAUUCAAAAAACUUUUGAGAUCCGUUUGGUUUCCGUAAUUAAGCAUUUUAUUAGAUAUAUAAUCAGAAAACAGUCGGUGUGUUGGAAAAAAAUGAAUUUGUACAACAUUUGUUCAUCUGAGGCACUGGAGAACAUGAAUUAGAAUUCAGACGCAGGAGAAGUGCACAUAGACAUACGAAAAGGGGUGAAACAAAAAAAAAAUCAAUAUGUACAUUUAAGAAAGCUUAUUAAAGAUAACACAGCCACAGAAAUAAAGACAUGAAAGAAAGGAAUGACUUUGGCUUUCUAGCUGACGGUUCCUGAGCUUGACUGAUCCAUUAACCCUUUCAUUCACAUUAAUGUUGUCAGUGCCGUUUUUGCAUCACAUACAACAUGAAAAAAAAACUCUAAAGCUCUGACACAGGA